GGCGGGCGGCACCGGGCGGCGGCGUUUCCCGGCCGCGUCCCUCAGCGCCGCAGGCAAGGGGGCGGCGCGGGGCCUCUGCUGAAAGCCGAUGGGGCGCCGGAGAGCGGGGUGCCGGAGCGCCCAACUGGCGAGCACCUGACACGGCUGAGGACUGCGAGCGGGCAGCCCUGAAAUGGCGAAAGCUCCACUCCCAGCUGGCCCAUGUCGAUUUGGUGGUGCUCAGCAGCACAUGCAGAGUGUUCUCAGAGACUCUGUAGAGAGCUCCGAUGAUGAAUUCUUCGAUGCGCGAGAGGACAUGGUGGAAGGAAAAAAUGCUAUUCUCAUAGGCAUGAGCCAGUGGAACUCAAAUGACCUUGUUGAGCAGAUAGAAACAAUUGGGAAACUUGAAGGAAAUCAAGGUGAAGAGUCUGCAUUUUGCUCAUCUGGCUUUCUACAGGAAAAACAACGUGAAUUAUAUAGAACCUCUUUAAGGAAACAAAGGUUCCCUGCACAAGGCAGUAUUGAAAUACAUGAGGACAAUGAGGAAGGAGUUCAACACCAGAACUGCAAAACUCACGUGUUAAUUUUGAUCCUACAUGGGGGGAACAUAUUAGACACUGGAAGUGGAGACCACAGCAGCAAGGUGGCAGACAUCAACACCUUCAGUUCUGUGUUUGAGAAAGUGACCCGAGCCCAUUUCCCUGCCUCUUUGGGCCACAUCUUAAUGAGACUUGUUCCCUGCCCAGCAAUCUGUUCAGCAGCUUUCUCUCUUGUUUCCAGCCUAAAUCCCUAUAGCUAUGAUGAGAGCUGUCUCAGCAGCAGUGAAGACCACAUCCCACUGGCUGCCUUGCCUUUGCUGGCUGUUUCAUCUCCUCAAUACCAGGAUGCAGUUGCCAUGGUGAUCAGUAGAGCAAAUCAAGUUUACAAUGAGUUUCUCAAAUCUACUGAUGGGGCUGGUUUUAAUGGACAGGUGUGUCUUAUAGGUGACUGCAUUGGAGGAAUUUUGGGCUUUGAUGCCAUCUGCUAUAAUUCUAAUACAACUUACGAGAGUCAGAGCACUAGCAGGAGAGGAAGCAUCAGCAGCAUCCAGGAUAAUCCACUCUUAGCAGAGGAUUCCAGUCUGGGUGAAAGCAAACACCUGAGCAAAAGCAAUAUUGACAUCCCGGGAAUUGUGGAGGAUGAGAAGCAAAGGCCACCACUGCCUCGGAAACAGAGUGACUCAUCCACUUAUGACUGUGAUACCAUAACCCAGCAUCAUGCAUUCCUGUCCAGCAUCCACUCAAGUGUGUUGAAAGAUGGUCCAGACCUUCCUCCUGUGGAUUCCAGUCUCUCAGAAGUAAAUCUGGGCCGAUUUGAAUUUGAGGUGUCUGAUUUCUUCCUUUUUGGAUCACCGCUUGGUUUGGUGCUGGCCAUGAGGAGCACUGUUCUGCCUGGUCUGGAUGUAUGCCAGGUCCGACCAGCCUGCAGCCAAGUGUACAGCUUCUUUCACUCUGCUGACCCAUCUGCCUGCAGACUUGAACCAUUGUUGGAGAAAAGAUUCCAUCUUCUUCCUCCAUUCAGUGUCCCACGGUACCAGAGAUACCCUCUAGGGGAUGGAAGAUCUCACCAGUUAGGUGAUGCUCUCCACAAUCACAGUGGUCUGUUCCUUGAGAAUAGCUCUUUGAACAUACCUUUCUCUCAGGAGAAUCCUGAAUCUCCAAAUACAUCUGAUCAACCACAGGGGAAAACAAGAAAGUUGAGUUUGGGCAGCACAAACAGUGAAAACUCCGGGUCAACUGAAAGCUUGCCAUCGGCAUGCCUCACCAACAUUACUGCAAAGUGGUGGGGAACAAAACGAAUAGAUUAUGCCUUGUAUUGUCCAGAUGUGCUGACAGCCUUUCCAACGGUGGCCUUGCCACAUCUUUUUCAUGCUAGCUACUGGGAAUCAACAGAUGUUGUGGCCUUCAUCUUAAGACAGGUGAUGAGGUAUGAAAAUGUAAAUUUCAAGGAAAAUGAAAACCUGGAUCCAGAAACACUAAGUCUAUCCAAUCCACGAGAAAAAUGGCUACGCAAAAGGACACAUGUCAAAUUGAGGAAUGUGACUGCUAAUCACCGAGCUAAUGAUGUCAUUGCAGCAGAAGAUGGUCCUCAGGUACUGGUUGGGCGCUUUAUGUAUGGACCUCUGGACAUGGUGGCUUUAACAGGUGAAAAGGUGGAUAUCUUCAUAAUGACUGAGCCAUCUUCGGGUAGGUGGGUGUAUUUUGAUACAGAGAUAUCCAACAGCAGUGGACGAAUAUCCUACAAUAUACCUGAGCAGAAGAGAUUGAAAGUUGGUGUGUAUCCCAUCAAAAUGGUGGUCAGAGGGGACCAGAGCAGUGCUGCAAGUUACCUUACUGUACUGCCCCGAGGAAUGGAAUGUGUUGUGUUCAGCAUUGAUGGUUCCUUUGCAGCAAGUGUUUCAAUUAUGGGAAGUGACCCCAAAGUCCGGGCGGGGGCCGUUGAUGUUGUCAGGCAUUGGCAGGACCUGGGAUAUCUGAUUAUCUAUAUCACCGGCCGUCCAGAUAUGCAAAAACAGCGUGUGGUUUCAUGGUUGUCCCAACACAAUUUCCCACAAGGGAUGAUCUUCUUCUCAGAUGGACUUGUUCAUGACCCACUGCGACAAAAGACUAUUUUUCUCCGGAAUCUCAUGCAAGAGUGCCACAUCAAAAUCUGCGCUGCAUACGGUUCCAUGAAGGAUAUUUCUGUGUACAGUGUUUUGGCUCUGUCGCCAUCCCAGAUCUACAUAGUUGGACGAUCUACAAAGAAAUACCAGGCACAGUGCCAAUUCCUCAGUGAAGGUUAUGCAGCCCACUUGGCCUCGCUGGAGUUCAGUCUCCAUUCACGACCCAAAAAGAACAACUCUCGGAUGAUCUUGAGAAAAGGCAGCUUUGGCCUCCACUCACAACCUGAGUUUUUGCGCAAGAGAAACCACCUUCGCCGGACUAUGUCUGUGCAGCAGCCUGACCCACCUUCUUCAAACCCCAAGCCAGAGCGUGCCCAGAGCCAGCCUGAAUCUGACAAAGAUCAUGACAGGCAUUUACCUUCUGUUGCUUGGGUUCGAGGCGGAGUUCACAAAUUUGAAUCUAUUCCCUAGGAGGAUUGGGAAUGUAGAUCUUGGGUGCACCCCAUUAAACUUGUAGGCAUGCCUCAAAGAUAGUAUUUAGGCAGCUCCAAACUAAGAGAAGUAUAGACAGGAAUUUGUACCUUGGAGUCUUCCCUGUUCUGAAAUCUGCCUUCUUAUACCAAGUGGGGCACUUCCAGUCUCUUCCUUUUAUCAUGUUUAUUGGGGAAGAUUAAAACAAUCUAAAACUAUCACAAGCUUAUCAUCAUAGCAACAGGUUAUUUUUUUGGAACAGAUGUAAUAUGUGCAAUAAGAGGAAAAGAUUCCGAUUUUACUACAGAGGAUUGUGGUAUCAGCUGAUUAGCUGCACCCAAAACGUAUAAAGGGUAGGUCCCAUAGGUUGCAGAGAAGGUUUACACUUUAAGCGUUAAGAGUCAUGUCUGUUUCCACUUCACUUUUCAAUAAAAGCGAUAAAGGGAAGCAGCAGUGGGAGUUACAAUAAUCGGUGGUUCUGACUAGUACAACAAGAUGCCUUCUGGGUGCCUUAAACCCAAGGUUUCCUUUCAGCCUACAGUGUUGGUCAACAGACUCCAACAUGGGCACUCCUGUUUGUGUGAGGUGCUGGAAAAAUAAAUGAGAGAACUUCACUUGUGAACCAAAUGUAAAAAACUUCAUGUUACAAAUAUGUGUCUGCCACAGUUUGAACACAGUUAGUGUUGUUGUAAACAAAGUAGUGUGUGCAGCUGUACAAAGAUCACAUUGUGGAACCUGGUGACUGUGCAAAAAUGUGUGGACUACUCCAAAGAAGAUAGCUCUGAUGAUCUCAGUCUGAGAGUCAGAUCCUAAGAGGGCAAGUUAAAAGGAACUGUUUUACUGAGGGAUCUGCAAACUUCAGAGCAGUUACUUUUUGAAUUCUAACUAGAAUCUUUACACUGGAGGGGAAAAAAGUAAUUAAGUAAACUGAUAAAUUGUUUACCUUCUCAUGUUUCACAGCAACUGCUGUAUUAAGACAAUCUGUAGCAUUCAGAAUUACAGCAUUUGAGCUUCAAAGAGUGGACAUGCGAAAAUACAGGUGCCAAAUAGACAUUUUACUACCAAUUUAAAUUUCUCUCUGAUCUCGCAAUGGACUUACUAGAAGUAAAAUGUGACAUUUUCCCUAAGUAGUAAUAUUUCUAGUUACUUAAACAUAGUAGCAGUUUGCAGAUUCUUCAUGCAGAUAUUCCACGGAAAUUCAUCAAUAGAGCUUUAAUGACUGAACUGAUGUAUGUUUUAAAACCUACAAUGAAGUUAGAAGUGCACAUACAAAACCAUUUUUUUAGAGUUAAAAACAUACUAUUGUCUUAGAAAAAACUUGAAGUCAAAAGGACAUUCUUUUUCAGGCUUGUUGUUUGUUUUUUUAUUUCAGGGAAUUGGGGUGAAGAGGGUGUUGAGCCUCUCCAUCCCCCUUUCAGGUUCUGCUAGACCAGAAGGAGUCUCUCACCGAGUUGGUUAAUGAUUUUGAAAGUUAACAUGUAAAACAAGAAGUGCAAUGGAAAAGUAAUAAGACAGUGCAGAAGUAAAAUAAGUUUAUACUCCCUGUUAACCCUGAGACUUCAGUGGACUUUUGGAACGGCAUAGGAGUGUAGCUUUUGUCUUAAGAGGCAGCAAAAUGGCUUGUAAGUGGUGAUCUUUGAUUUAUAUUUUCAGACAUUACUUGGCAACAUUCAGUUGCCUAUUUCAAACUUCCUGAAGUAUGUCUGGCACAUCAGUAGUUGGUUUUUUUGUUUUGUUUUGUUUUCUAAUGCUUCCUUUAAGGGAAGGGGUAAUCUCUGCUGAAGAUUAAGGAAAGAUGUAAAAAUUUUGGUAGCAAACACUCUUUGGGAGCAGGUAAAUACAUUACAAGGGGCUAGGGUUUUGUGCGCUAGAGUUUGCUACAAAAGCUAAAUGAACGGUAGUUUGCAAACUACAUUGAAACAGUCUUUACAUUUAUAAAUGCUUUCCCAGUAGUAUCAUUGUUCUUGAACCCAUGUUCUGUCUCAGCCUACUGCAUGUAUUAAUUCUGAUCACAUAGUCCAUUUCUUCUCUUCUGCUUUGCACUAGGGGGAGGUUGCACGGGGGCACCAGCCUCCAUCUCCUUCUAGGGUAUUUACUGUUAGCAUGCUCCUGCUUGUUAGUUUUUAGCAUGGGAAUCCAAGCCCUGUGAGAGAGGAACUUACUAGGAAAACUGUAAGUUUGCUGCGGAGGUCUGAAAUAUUGACUGAUCAAAAAGUUCUUUGUAAGCAUUGGGUGUUUUGUAGCAUGUCUCCUGACAGUAAUCUCUAUUUCUGUUCAAAGCUACUCUUGCUUUAGCCACCUACCUCUAUCACCCAAGAGACUUAAGCCUAUUUUUUUUGUUUUAAAUUGCUGUAGUAGAAAGGCUACUUCCUUUCAAAAGAGGGAUCUGUGUAAUUCUGUGACUGUAUUGAAGGAAAUAGUGUCUGAGUGCAAGGUUAUAAAGGGCUUUUACUCUUGGAGACAUAAUGUCAUUUUACAGGGUUAUAUGUCAUGAACACUCUGAUUUUGUGUAUAUCUAUUAAUAACUGGGUCACCUUUACAGUAGUCACUGUGCUGGUUUCCCUUAAAAAUACUCGGAGCUAAUAGCAGUAAAACAAGUGUGUGUGUGUGGGUGUGUGUGUGUGCGUGCACACGUGCGUAUGUGAUUAAGUGUGGUAAAAAUUUCAGUUUCUGCAACAUGGUAUUAAAAUCAAGCUGAAAAUAUUCUCCCUAAGUUUGUUUUCAUACAGUAUAUGAGAGCUUAUAUGGCAUUUGCAUAAUUCAAGCACUGCUGAUUGUUCAUGGCUGGAAUGGUUGAUAUUGUGAUCACAAGCUCCCGCUGUGCACUUUGGCAACAUAGUGAUACAGGCAUUUUAGUUACACACUUUGUCCACAUGAAACUGCAUCCCGUCAUUCACAGGCAUUCAGCUUGCCGUUGGAUUUCAGUUCUACUUGUGUUUUCAUGGAAGAUCAGUCUCCUAGGCAGGCUAUUCACUGAGGGUAAGUUUGAUCCUACAGUCAUCCUAUUCCUGAUUUCAAGUCCUCAUUGCUGCAGUUUCUGUGCAGUCAGCACUUAAACUAUACAGACUGUGAAAGUGCUUUAGCAUACACGGAAGGGAAGGGGACAGAGAAGUAAGGCGUGUGUGCCCACAGAACAUUCAUUAGACUCAUCAGUUGUUUAGCACCAUCAGUUAUUUAGUGCCUCCAGUGUGUAACAGAGAAGCGCAUUCUUUUAACGUGCUGAGUGGAGGAAGCAUAAAUGAAAUUGUAAAAUGCAAAAUUUUUAGUCCAGUGGGUGCUAAGGCUACAGUGCAAAUAAGCCACAGUUGGAAGCAUUUACUUCUUGUCCUGUUGAUAUGGAUCCUUUUAAAAUUACUGUAAAAAAUGGCUGUGAUUAAUAGCAGUGGUAGAGUUAUUUGAGAUAUUGUGAAAACACACCUUCACAACUGUGGUGUUUUGGUUUUGUCUGUGUAUAUGUGUGUAUAACUACUGGAAGACACUUAAGUUUUGGUUCUGCUCUCACAGUAAAUUUAUAACCUAUAUACAUUAAAAAAAAAGAAGAAAACCAACUCAAGCACAGCAACAAUGGCUGUCUGUUCAAUUUUGUUGUCUAGCUAGGUAGGUUUGGAACAAGAUAUCAUUGUAUAGAUUGCAGAAUUCAGUAGUGAUGUUAAUCCAAAUCUGCUUAUUUUGAAUAACAGUUUUGUUUGCAUACACUAGCGCUCUUGCAAUAGAUUUUUGCUUGACCAAAGUAUUCCUGUUUAGUUUUGUGGCAUGAUUUAUAUCUAUUCAGCAUAAAAUUCUGUUAGGUGUGAAAAUGCAAAGUACUGGUAAUUCUUAUUCACUGGGGUUCAUGAGAGCUGUCAUUUUUAUUUGUUUACAUUAAACUAGUCUUAAUUUAUACAGAUUACUUCACUUUUUCCUUUAGUACCCAGGGAAGUCACUUCCAAACAGCUAAAAUUUCACUGGUUAUGUAGAAGUAGAACUAUCUAUAAAGUAGAGAAAAAAAAUUAUACACCUUGGUCUAUGCAGGACAAUGACAUUUUUUUCAGAAGCCCCACUAUUCUGUAAAAAGCCUUUUUUUGUCAUUACUAGUGAACAAAUUGUCCUGUUUAUAUAUUGCGGUCUUUCUUCAGCCAGGACACUACUAAUGUGUGUAUUUAACAAAUUCUCAAUACUUAGAUCUAUAGUAUCAUCAUGUCCUUCAUGGAAUAAAUUUAGAAAGGGAAAAGUUAUUUUUUACCUUCUUUCUAUGUAGUUUUUUGUUUUAAAUUUGCUAAAAGCUCUUUUUAUAACCAUUUUAAAUACCUGAAAGCAGUAGGUAUUUUAAAGUUUUAAAAUCUGUAGGUCCAACAGUUCUUACUGAAAAAAUAGGAUUUUCCCCAGGUUUUUUUCCCCUCUUGCCAUCUAGGCUGCAGAAAGGUGAGUACAUCAUCAUAGGACUAGAUGAUUGGAGCAUGGGUAUCUUUCUGGUUAACUCAUCGGUUUGAUAAUGGAGAGAUGAGAAUUAUGCACCACAAUUUCAUAAUUUUUCUGGUUAGAGAGUGAUGUGUGGCAUAUGAACUCAAGACCUCUGCAUUGAAUUGUUCAUGACAGGUGUGCAGGGGACAAAGUGGCAGUUUCAUCUUCAGCUGGAGCUGGUACAGGAUAGAAGUCUCAAACUUUCCAUCCUACCUUUCUCAGCCUUCUCUAAGAAGAAUGAUUCCUCAUGAUCUGUGGUCACAGCUUAAGCAGAAAUAGUGGAUGUGUCAAGGUAAUUAAGACUUCGUGAUAUUCAGUCACUCAAUGUAUAAAUUCCUACAGAUCCAGAUUCAGAACCCCCAUAAAAAUGGAAGUAAUAACACAUUCUUCUGGAUAAAAAUAUUUUUUAGAAAUAAGACCUGGAACAGCUAGAAUCCUGUGCCAUGGAGUCUGGAAUUGAAGUAAUGUGUUGGUUCUUUCACUCAUUUUAGGUGAAGCCAACAGACAGGAAUUAUUACUGGGUGGGGAAGAUAAAUUUUACAGUUCAUUUGUCAUUUAUACAGAUAUGUAUAGAACUUAGGAGGGAGAAAAGAGAGGGGCAGCUUUACUGUGACAUGCUGGGAGAUGGUGUACCAGAGAUUGCAACAUUGAAAAAUGGUUUACAGAUAGCAAGUUUGAAAGGUAUGGAUGGUACAGCCCAGAAUGGCAGUCCUCUCACAGAACCCCAAGGCUUACGCAUAACUUGUUUUUCUGUUUGGGGGGGAGAAAAGUGGCAGUCCCCUUACAACUGAAUUCAC